AUGAACAAAUUCCUGGCAAAUCGCGCGACUCCCGCACCAAAAUCAAACUCAAAAGAGCCAAAAGAAGCGACGUCAAAUAAGGAAAACGCAUCGGAAAUAGAAAAAGAUGAUCCGAAAUCAUCUACCGAAAUUUUGCACGAGGCGAUUUCCGAGAAAAACGCGAAACUCGCCUACAAUAUUCUAUCGAAAAAUCGACCGUUCGAUUUAGCAAUGAAUAAACAAAUGACGUCAAUCGUGUUCGAGAACGGCUUCUCCUCAUCGGCUUCUGAGCACAUGCUGCUUUCUGUCGAUGAGGCUGUGGUGAGCGCAUUAACUGCCGGAGAAUCAAUCACAAUUCGCGGCGAAAAUGAUGACGAUGCCGUCUUGUGCACAGAAAAUGCCACAUUUCCGAUCAAAAUCGUCGAAUCCGCGACCACUUAUCUCAUAAUGCACGAUGUUUUAGGGCCGCCGGAAAAAAAUGCGAGCGCCGAACCGGAAUUUCAAGUUAGAAAGAUCAGCGGCAAAUGCUACGGAAUCGGCGAAUUGUGCCCACCGUCGGAUAUUCUGAAGUUGGCUCGUCUCAAGGAUCUUCUGCACGAGAAUGAGAUCGUCUGGGAGACGUGCACACAGGCAAAUGAGCAAUUUCUUGGUUAUUCGCUUAAUGAUCUACUCAAGUCGGUACAAAUGAGCAUUGGCGAGGUUGAAACGGCUCUUGCUGAUCUACCGGUCGUCAAACUCAAAAAAACCGGCAAACUCCGCUAUUUAUCGCAUAAGUAUCGAGUGGAGCUCCUUAAAAGGCUGGUAGACGGAAUCGACGAUGAUGAUCAGCAUGAGAUUUCAAUGGAAAAGGUGACAAAGUCGAGCCUUCGCGACUAUCUGCCGCCAAACGCUCUCGACGAAAUCAUCGAUUGGUUCGUGGAAACGCGUUGCGAUCAAAUCGACGAAUCGCGUAAUCAUUUUCGAAUCAACGAGGAGAAGCUCGCGAGAGACAUCAUCAUCGGUGUGCUGUAUUCGACGCGAAAAAUGAGUUUCGCGCAAUUCGAGGAUUCCGCCAAAAAGUGUCUGCCGUUCGGAAUCGAGAUCAAGGACUCGUAUUUCGCCGGCAUCUGCGAUAUUGUCGACUCGCCGUCGGGCCGACUAAUCUUCUAUCUUGCACCCGAGGACCUUCCAGACGAGACACGCGACAGAAUGAUCUACCUGUUCAAUCAUCGCCGACUCUGGACAAUGGAGCAAAUUCGGCCAUUCUUCAACGACAUCUUCAAAUCAAAAGUCGCGUUCGACAAAUAUUUGGUGCAGAAGUGCGAUUACACAAUUUCCAACACCAACGAGAUGCUCUACUGUGGUGUUCGCGCAUAA